AUGAAGCAACAACUCUUGACUUGCAGGAACCGGGAAUCAUCCCUCCAGAUUGGAGCAGCCAAUCAGGAUGCAGAGGAAAAGAAUCGUCCAGCACAGGAAGAUUCCAAAGCAGCUGAACUCACAGGGGAAACCCCCAAGGAUUCUGAGGUUGGGCAGCUGAGCACUGAGGACUGGGCUGUGCCCUCCUCUCUCCCCCCACCUUCAUCACCCAUACCACCUCCAAACCCCAACGUCUGCCAGGAAUGUGGCAAAGCCUUCAGCCACAAAUCUGCCUUGGUGAAACACCAGAAGAUCCACACUGGAGAGAAGCCGUAUGAGUGUGAAGAGUGUGGGAAGAGCUUCAUACAGCGGUCAGACCUGACUAUCCACCAGAGAACUCACACAGGGGAGAGGCCGUACCGGUGCCCAGACUGUGGGAAAAGCUUCAGCGUCAGCUCCACUCUGCUAACCCACCAGCGGAUCCAUGCCCCAGGUGGUGAGAAACCUAAUCCCUGCCCUGAGUGCGGGAAAUGCUUCAGUGAUCCAGCGGCAAUGGAGCGGCACCGCAAAAGCCACACUGGGGAGAAACCCCAUGAGUGUGGGGACUGUGGGAAAAGUUUUGCCUGGAGCUCCCACCUGGAGAGACACCGGCGAAUCCAUACAGGUGAAAAGCCUUACCAGUGCCCUGAAUGCGGCCGGGCAUUUGCUUGGAGCUCCCACUUGGACCGUCACAUGCGCAUUCAUGCUGUGUCUACCCUGCCUGAGGAGGCGCCACCCUCCAAGUGUGCAGACUGUGGCAAGCGGGUCAACCACAUCACGCACCCACAUCGCUUCAAGCACAAGGGCACCCAGACCCCUUUGGAACAUGAGGAUGGGGAGAGGGCCAAAGAGAGAGCGACAGAGGAGCGGCCCCAUCAGUGCACUCUGUGUGGGAAGUGCUUCAGCCAAAGCGCCAACCUGCUCAAACACCAGCGAGUCCACACCGGCGAGAAGCUUUACCAAUGUUCAGAAUGUGGGCAGCGGUUUAGCUGGUGCUCUGCCCUCCUCAAGCACCAGCGCACCCACAGCAAGGACAGGCCAUACACCUGUCCAGAGUGCGCUCGAGGUUUCAGGGACCCCACCUCCCUGGCCAAGCACCAGCUCAGUCACACCAGCAGGAAGCCUCACCAGUGUCCUGACUGCGAUAAAUGUUUUGGGUGGGGCUCCCACCUGGAGAGACACCAACGGAGCCACACAGGAGAAAAGCCUUACGAAUGCGGGGACUGCGGCCGGGGGUUCACUGUGGGGUCCCACUUGGAGAGGCACCGGCAGAUCCACAUCAGGGCCCGCCCCCAUGGCUGCAGGGAGUGUGGCAACACCUUUGCCUUAGGGGCCACCCAUCAGCACCUCCAUGACGAUGAAGCCAAGCCUCAUCGAUGCCCCGAAUGUGGGAAAGGGUUCAGUGCCGCCGCUGUGCUGGAACGUCACCGUCGGCUGCAUCGUGGUGAGAAGCCCUAUCAGUGCAAUGUCUGCAACAAAGACUUUGCCUGGAGCUCGCACUUUGACCGCCACAAGCUCUCGCAUACUGGAGAGAAGCCUUUCCCCUGCGUGUACUGCGGGAAGUGUUUUGGACGCAGCUCCCACCGCAAUCGGCACCAGCGCUCCCAUGCCAUCCCUGAAGGCCAAGACCAGCCACAGAACAACCUAGAGGAUGCUUUACCAACAGCAGCCGUGGCCAGCUGGUGGGAGGAGGAAGGAAACAGGAGAUCCUCACUGGAGCAUCAGGAAACCUGGCCUGUUGCACUGGACUCAGUGGUCCCUUUCCAGUGGACAGGCAAGUCUCCUGGAGACACGUGGAGAACAAUGGGGGGAAGUGACCUUGGGCAGGAGGCAGAGAAUUUGACACACCCUGCUGAAAGCUGGACUCGGCCGCCACCGCCACCUCCGGUUUCCCCUCCUAACCUCCCUUGACUCAUGCUUGUGCCAAUUGUGUUCCUUUAUUAAGCUGUGGUUUCAGACAUGCCUGACCUUUUUGUCACCCCUAUGAGAUGACCUAGUCAACCCAUCUUGGGGCAAGAAUGAAGGGCGAGUGCCUAGUUUCCUGGGUUUCUGGGGACCAAACAAUAUUCCACAUUGUGAGGUGGAGAAGGAAGAGGCUUGCUGUACAAUGCUUUACUCCCCCCCCACACACACACUUCCUUUUAAAACAAAUUUCACCCUACUACAGUGAGAUAGAUUGUUGUAGGAGACUGGCCAGCCAGGGAACUUCUGCCAGGGCGAGUCUUUGGAUUACCUGGACAAUCAACUGCAUCUUGAGGAGCAGUCUGUGAAGAGAGAGAAGUGAUUAAAAAACAAAAGAGCGUACUUGAAGUCACAGUUUAUCCAGUCCAGGCUUUCCAUGGCUUCCUUAGCCAUAAUGAACUGGGGGUGGGCUGCUAUUUAAUGCCAUUACCCAGAGGCAGAUGCCACAUUUGGGCCUAAAAUGCACUUCUAAGAAUCUCUUCACCACCUGGAUCUAGAAUCUGGAUAUAUGUAUGCGGGUAUUUUAAAAAUGUGUUUGCUUUCUGUUGUCAAAUUCCUGCAAGUGGUGGAUGUGCAAAUGUUUUUGUUUGGAUGGGCAAUAGCAACCCAGAUCAGUACUGCAUGUCUAUAGAACUGAGUUUUCUGAGAGAGGAAGUACCCUGAGAAUAACAGCUCCAAGUUUCUA